AUUCAUUUUUCGCCGACGUUCAUGUUGAAGAAUGUACGUAUCUCCUCUAUUAGAACGCAGGCGUGUGACCGAAAAUAUGAACGUUAGCAGCCAUCGUAAUAUUCCGGAGUUUAUGGAGAAGCCUCGAGCGAUCCUGGGAGAACCGUGUUCGCGUGUGCAUGCAGACUCAAUUUCCGGACACUGUCUAUAACAUUCGUCGUUUCUUUUAGGACACUCUUGCUAUUUCCCACGAAUGCCUUGUUCCAUGCCGUCUGCAUCAAUUUUACUCAGUCUUUUCCCCAUGCGUGCCACUGUGCUGUGCAAAACUGUAUUCUCGGCUACCUCUAAUCAAGAAAGUUGCGUAAAGGUUCCUGUCAUAAAGCGUGUGCGUCGAUGGCCCGAUAGAGCGAGAAAACAUGUUCUCUUUUUCUCCACUACGUUGGCAGCGUGCCGGUUGUGGAAUACCAAGAGUGAGAUAAAUUAGUUGCUUGGUCCAACAGCAAGAAUGGGAAGACUUUUGCCACAAAAUUGCGAGCGGUGACACCCAGGUAUAGUCACCGUUGUGACAACCAGCAUAAGAGCACAUGAGUGAGCAGCUACAAGCAGUGAAUAUGUACAAUUUUCAAGGAACGGACACAUCUCCUGAUAAAAUGCAAACUUAAGAGGUCCUGCGUCAAGCAUAACCAUGUAGCAGGUCCAGUAGUUCCACUGGGACCCCUCGUUCCCGUUCGUUUCUCGCGCAUGUCCGCACCGCUGUGGAGACGCGGCAGCAAUGCGGGUCUGAGUUAACUGCCCCUCCGUUUUUUUCCGGAUGUGAAGACAUGCCGAACCCUCCAACCACCUCGCCUGGGGGUGAUGACAUUUCACCUGGAUGGCGAAUACCAAAGAAAGGAACAAGACGGCUGUGUUUUCCCUUCCGACACUGCAGCACGCUUCGUCCACACAGCGCCGCUGUGAAUUUCUUGUGCUUUUCCCGAGACAAUAAUUAUCUUCUUGCUGCUUCCUCAGAUAAAACUGUCUCCCUCUCCAAUCCAACAACGGGGUGCCACGUGGCCACUUUCCGAGCGGGACCGUCGGGGGGCCACGACUGUGUGGUAACGUGCGUGAGCAGCGGCUUCGGCAAUCGAACUUUCCUUUCCACCGGUGCAGACGGCCGGUCUUUUCUCUGGGACGUCGAGACUCAGCAAGUGACGAAAACGCUGCCUAGACACCGUGGCCAACUCCGAGCAUGCCUCCUUCUCGACGGGGUGAACGACCGGCCGCCUCGAGUUCCGCAGUCUGGGGCUGGACCUGCGACCGAGCAGGGUGGAACUGAGCUCCGCUGCUCAAGUUUUCACUCGCAAAAACCGUCAAGCACCCUCCCGCAACCAGCAGCCACUUUUUUCUCCCAUGUUGCCAUUUUAGCCGGCGACGACCGCGCCAUCCGCAUCUACGAUGUCCGCAUCAACAACCGGCACUCGUGUAUUCAGGAGAUGCAGGAUGCAAAGGACUCCAUCACGGGCUUGCUCAGCACUGGAGACAGCGUGCUAGCGUGUAGCGCCGACGGAUGCGUGUACGAGUACGACAUUCGCCAGGGACGGCUGUACACUGACGAAAUAUUUCAGCCGAUCACGAGCUUUUGCCUCUCUCGAGAUGGCCAAAGUCUCCUUCUGUCGUGUAGCGACGGUUUGCUGCGUCUCCAAGAGCGUACAACGGGGGAGAUUGUGUUGGGGCUGAGUGGACACACACAGCGGCAGCAGUAUCGGCUAGAAGCGCAGUUCACAAUGCUGGAUCUCGCGUGUCGGCAAGGCACUUCAAGUUCGUGGAAAGGCCACGCUCUGUCCUUUGAUUCUUCCAGUUUCGAUAGUACCGGAGACCACGACUUCACACAUGCCGGCGACUUUGACCAGUAUUUAGGGAUUCACGAUCGCGACGAAGACAGACUGCCCGAAUAUCGGAUGUGCGUUUUGAGCGGCAGUGAAGACGGUUCGCUUGUCGGCUGGGACCUGCAAGAAGCCGCUUUGACGGAUGCUGAAAAUCAAAUAUGUGCGACAGAGUGGAUGGUCAUUCGACAGCAGAUACACGGCAACGAAGAAGACGAGUGUACGGGUAACGGCGGGAAAAACAAACGCGACGUUGCACUUUUGUGUCUCCAGAUUGAAGAGGAACAAGGCUGUUUGGUUACCGGGGCUUCUGAUGGCCGCAUCAAACUGUGGCAGAAACGGUGACGGAUUCAAGUUCAACUGAACACCGUCAAUGUAACCACAAACGUUUUUUUCGUGGAACGAAUGUGCUUGACAAUGAAACUAGAGUCGACGUCAGGCUCCGUACUCCAACAUGGGUGGUUCCUAGCUUCAGGAUUUCUGCACUCAGCACAGAACCCUGCACCUCUCCGAUCCGUCUCUACCCUAAUUAACAGCACCAUUUGUAGGCAGUGAACAAACUGCAAAAUCUGCGUUUUUGAUUGCGGUGACACAGACGCGCAAAUCCGGUAGAGGUUUCACACUCUUCAUCUCAUUUUCUACGAUAAAUACACUUUCUUGCAGAAGAACCCUGUCUUCGUUUUUACACAUGGUCAAGGCACUCUGGAGGAAUUCAGUGAUGACUGAAAUCAACGGUACAACUAGGUUGGAGAUAUCCGGACGUUCUUUUGCGCGACUGACGCAAACGUCCAAGCAUGCGCUGUUCCGACGUUUGCUGUAUUGAAGAAACGAGACCUCUAAACUCUGGAAGAGAGUAUGUUCUAUACACACUGAGUUUACUGAAACCCUUUACAAAAGUUGGCCGCAACCACCAUGGAGCGCUGGAAUAUAUAUUCUACCGGUCCAAAUAACCAUACCAAACGCGAACACACGUGUUCCCCGGUUGCUGAACUCAUCUGUUCAGACUUUUCGGAGUUUCUGUUUUCUAUGUCGGUGUACGAUGAGAGUUUCCUCUCUUGAAGACUGACGGGACGCAUGCUGGUUCACAGCCUUUUCGGCCUUUCUCUGUCAACAGCAGCGCUUUCAUGCGGAUAACGUUGCUUUGUCUUUACGACUGAUGCGCGCGUUCUCUGGUUUUUCAGGUCGAUGCAUGCGGCACGCCAAUGAACACAAGAGAAAUCGACGUCACCGGUUGAGUGUCCGGUUUUGGGCUGCUUCCGAUUUUUCCUUCCCUUCGCUUUAUGCCUUUCUCUGUUUCUUUUCCUGUCGGUUCCAUUCUCGCGCGUGCUGUCCAGUUACCCCAAAUUACAUACAGGGGACGAACCCGCGAACUCGUUACGCUGUCGCCAACGAAAAUAUCAUCUGCGCAUUGUAGCUUGCCAAGCGGCCAUGCACGGCUUUAACUAAACAACAGAAACCAUUGGAGGCAUCACGUAAAAGCCACUCCGCUUCUCCCUUUCUGUUUACUAGAUAUGCAUCGAGCUGUGUAUCGCUGCAACUGACGCCGUGGCCACCUGCACUCUACGGCUUCUCUAAGCAAAACACGACUGUCGGCAAUUUUUUACAUAGCUCCGUAACCUGUACCUCGGGGUCACUCAGUUUUCGUACCUCUCCCGUGAAUCACUCUGUCCCCCGUUCUUCAGCGUGAACUGCUCCCGCUCAAACUGUCGACUGAUUUCAGCGUGGAUGGCCUUGGAUCAACCAUUUCGAACAAGGGAAAAACCCUUGCCUGCCGAACCUAUGAACUUCCUACUCGAUGUUCUACCAGGCUGUUUGUGUCCGUCAUUGCUGGUGUCUGGCGCUUGGACUUUGUAGUUUGAGGCGAAAGUCACAAUAACCCAAGUGCAAACUCCCGCGCGGACGCAGCAAGUUCGAGACUACACAAGGUAGUUCUCUCCGGCGUAAGGAAUUUCACACGGAACGGGACCCCUCAGUUUCGCUUCCUGGUCAAGUGUGCAGUUCCUGCCCAUGCCUCUUCCCGUUUUCCUGCAUUUUCACUGGUGCACUUUUGUGUAGAUCUUCCAUUUUCUUACUUGGGCGCCCCCGGGCCCUGACUCAGCCACAUCGAGAACACCUCCACCAUCGCCUGCAACGGAUUCACAGCAAGACCGGCCAAAAACAAACUUGUACAAUCGUAUCAGAAACGUAACACAGAAAACUGAAAACGUGUUUCCACUCGUACUUGGUCGCAGCGAAAGCAUGCAGAACAGCUCACUCAGAGUCCGAAGAAGUGCGGACCCGCUCUGGGCGAAUUUCUGUGCAUGUCUUCCUUGCCUGUACGUCUAUGAGCUACGAAACGGAAAGAAAAUGAACAACCUCCUAAUUCCUCCGAUGUCAAAGCACGGUUUCUGCCCGCAGCCAGGUCUGAAGACCACGGGUUUGUUCCAAAACCUGCAUCUUCCCACGAAAUCACGUUCAGCUCAAAUGAUCGGCUUCGAAUCUCCUCCCUUCUCCACUUCCACAUAAACAAGUAUGCUACACCUCCCAGCUGAAUUCACUCCGAGAGUGUGAAUACCAGCUCACCAACACCCAGGAACCACAACGCGAUUUGUCAGCACAGCGGCGCCUCUUCAUACAACACUUA